AUGGAUGACGACGGCGGCUAUGGCGACGAAGUAGAGGAUGGCGAGAUGUUACUGCCACUUGAGAAUAUGCAGAAAUUGCUGGAGAGCAAGAGCAGCCCCGUGGAUUGGGUGAAGGGAAGGUUUGUGCAACAGUUCUCUGUAGAAAGCGUAGUGUUUGUUAAGAUUCAGAAGCAGCUAAAAUGCAGGAUUCAAAACUCCAGCUUGAGCACUGCAUCUGAUGACGAAUUGGCCGACAUGGACAUGGAUGGUUCUGCCUUUGAAGAUGGAAUGCUAAAGGUCAGGGACAAGGCUGUGCUGACUGGUGUCUUCACCAAAUACAGAUUACAAGCUGCCGAUGCUUCAAAUGAAGACAACUAACUCUUACAUUGUAGUUUUUCUUUCACGAACGUGAAGAGUACAAAUCCCAUUGAAGUAAAACCUGCUUGUGAUAGACAUCUUUUUCAGUUAUCUCAGGUGCAGUUUGUUAUCAUUGAGAUUUUCUUUUGGUUCGAAAACGUGGCUAUACCAUUCUUUUCUCACCAUUAUAACUUCUU